AUGAGCUGAGUUCCUGGAUACAGCAGUCUUUUAAACAUUAUGUUACACAAGAAGCUAAGCAACACUUCAACGACUAUGACAAAGAUGGUGAUGGAUUGGUGUCUUGGAAGGAAUAUAAUAUGCAAAUGUAUGAUCGUGUAAUUGAUUUUGAUGAGAACACUGUCCUGGAGGAUCAAGAAGAGGAAUCGUUUCGACAGGAGAAAAAACGUUUUGAAAAAGCUAAUAGAGAUGAUGUUCCUGAACUAAAUGUGGAUGAAUAUGUUGCUUUCGAACAUCCCGAAGAAGCCGAGUAUAUGACGGACUUUGUCAUUCAAGAGGCUUUGGAAGAACAUGAUAAAGAUGGAGAUGGAUUUGUUAGCCUGGAAGAAUUUCUUGGCGAUUACAGAAGAGACCCAACUGCAAGGGAAGACCCAGAAUGGAUACUUGUUGAGAAGGAUCGCUUUGUGAAUGACUACGACAAGGAUAACGAUGGGAAACUCAACCCUCAAGAACUGCUGUCUUGGAUAGUACCUAAUAAUCAGGGUAUUGCACAAGAGGAGGCUCUCCACCUUAUUGAAGAAAUGGAUUUGAAUGAUGAUAAAAAGCUUUCUGAAGCAGAAAUUCUUAAGAACCAAGAUUUGUUUCUUAACAGCGAAGCAACGGAUUAUGGUAGGCAGCUCCAUGAUGAACGUUUCUACCAUGAAGAGCUUUAGAUUAUUUAUUUUGUAAUUUGUUUUUCUUCCCUUUUUUUCAUUUGGAGCUUUUGUUAAAAGCACCCAUCAGCUAUGUUGCAAGUUUUAUGCUGUAAUUACAAUACAGUAAUGUUUGUGUAAAUAAUUUGCAUUCAAAAUUUAAUUGCCCUCCUGCAGAAUUCCUUAGACCUCUUCUAGCCUUCAAAAUUAAUCUUAAAGACUUAGUUUCAAAAUUAUACAGUGCUGGGAAAUAAAUUACUUCAGGGGUAGUGCUGUAUUGUGAAGAGUUGUUCCGCAGUACUUGAAGAAAGUGGUUCUUAUCUAAAUGAUUCUGAAAGAAUGCAAAACACGGUAACUGAGAGACUACUGUUUUUUUCUAAUCGGUUUAUUUAGGGUGGGGAGUGGGGAAGAUGGGGGGAUAUUUAGAGUCAGCAUUAACUCUUUAACACAUUUGGAGAAACAAUCAGAAUAAUGCCUCAAUUGUUGAAGAGGUUUCUACUUAAUUUUAAAUAUUUUCUAUACUGUUUUAUUGUAUUAUAAAACUUGAUAUUUUUGCAUCUGUAGACAGUGAUUGUUUUUAAUGUAAAUUCUCUAGCAUUAGUAAUAAAAUGGUAUUUUACGGUGUUAAGACCUUCUUCAUUUGUUGGAUUAAAACUGAAAAUAUUCU